UUAGAUCUGCGUACCCGUGCUCGGUCCUUAAUUGGUCGCCAUGCAGUUGAUUUGGUUCUGCUUCUUCUUGGCUGCGAAAGCAGAGCUUUCGGACAUCCGGCAGCAAGCUGCAUCCAUCAAGGAAGAGAUCCGGGAAUGGCGGCGAGAGCUGCACCGCUGGCCGGAGUUGAUGUAUCAGGAGCACAAGACUUCACAGGUCGUCCAAGAUGCCUUGAAAGGCCUGGGCAUUCCGUUCACCAAGGGCUGGGGCAAGAACACCCGGCAGAACGCGUCCCGCCCCAUUCCCGGCCCUGGCGGCACCGGGGUAGUGGCAGAAAUCGGCUCCGGCGCUCCGGUCGUUGCGCUGCGCGCAGACAUGGAUGCCUUGCCCAUCCAGGAGGAGACCCCGGUGCCCUACCGGUCACAAAACGUGGGGCGCAUGCACGCCUGCGGCCACGACGGCCACACCUCUAUGCUCUUGGGAGCGGCCAAGCUGCUGAAAGCCUCGAAGUUCCCAGGCACAGUGCGGCUGAUCUUUCAGCCCGCGGAGGAAGGGGGCGCAGGCGCCAAGCGCAUGCUGGAGGAGGGCGCCAUGGAUGGGGUGUCCAGGGUCUUUGGUCUGCAUUUGUGGCCAAAUCUUCCCAGCGGAACCUUGGGCGGCCGGCCGGGCACCAUCCUCGCGGCGGCGGACUUUUUCGAGUUCCAAGUGCUGGGCAGCGGCGCCCACGGCGCCAUGCCGCAGCUGGGCAUCGAUCCCAUCCCCGCAGCGGCCGCCAUCGUGCAGUCCCUGCAGACCAUCGUGUCAAGGGAGACCGACCCGCUGGGUGGCGCCGUCAUCAGCGUCACCAAGUUCCUCUCCGGCGACGCCUACAACGUGAUCCCGGGCGUGGCCACCGUCGGCGGCACCAUGCGGUCCAUGACCUCUGACGGCCUGGCGAUCCUCAAGCAGCGCUUGCUGGAGGUGGCGGAGAGCGUGGCAAAGGCACAUCGCUGCAGAGUAGAGAAUGCCACCUUCAUGCCAGACCCCUUUCCUCCCACAGACAAUGAUCCGCAGCUCUGGCGCUGGCUGGAGUCCUCUGCAGGCCUGGACGCGCCGAAGCUCUGGGACAUGCCCGCCACCAUGGGCUCCGAGGAUUUCGCCUUCUUCUCCGAGAGGGUACCUGGAGCCUUCGUUCUGCUGGGCCAGGGCACGGGGCAGAGCAGUUAUACCUUGGCAGACUCUGGUUACUCUGAGACUGUGCAGAUCCCCACCAAUACGACGGUGCACAGCCCUUUCUUCCACCUGGAUGAGGAUGUGCUCGAGUUGGGCGCUGCACUUCACGUGCAGAUGGCGCUAUCAUCAUUGCAGGUGGGUCAGGAGGGCGUCACCGGCUUUGUCAUGUCCUUUGGCAGCGGCGACAUCCUCGUGAUCAAGGCCUCGGAUAGAGUAGAGGUUGGCACAGCAGCGGCCUUCAUGAAUGAGAGUUUGCUGCUCAUGGUGAAGCAGGAGCUUUCGAUUCGCGGCCAGUUUGAGGGCAUCUUAGGCCUCGGCAGGCCUCAUAGGUCGGAGAUUGCCGACAAGCAAGUGGAUGGCUUCCUCAAGAAAGCAGGCAUCGAGCGUUUUUCGAUGUGCUUCAAUCAAGAAGGCCCAGGCGUGCUCGGGGUGAACGAGCCGAGUGCGAAGGAAGCCCUGCAGAGCGUGGGGAGCGUGCACUGGGGCCUGGACUUCCGUGGCAUCUCCGUGGGGCAAGACACGCAGAACUUGGACUUCUGCCAGGAGAAGGGACCUGGCAUGGACACGGCCUGCGGGCUGAUCCCUGACUCAGGAACCACGCUCAUCACUGGUCCCGCGGAUGAGAUUGAGAAGCUCUACGAGGGCAUCUGCCGACAAUGGCCGCGAUGCCUGCAGAUGCACGAGGCGUUGCAGGCGGAAGUCGACAAAGUGAGGACCAGGAAUGCGCAAGCUACUCGGCGGGUGGCCAUGCAACGCAUGCGAGCCAUGCUGCAGGCGGGCAAUGCGAAGGCGAAGCAGCCAGACUACGAAGCUGGAUACGACUACGAGUAUGACAGACCGGUGUACUACGCGCCUGAAGGCUACGAGGGGCCGGAAGACUAUGGGCCUGGGCCAGACUACGAGGGGCCGGAAGGCCCGGAAGGUCCUGGGCCAGAAGACUACGAGGGGCCGGGGCCAGGUUACGAGGAGGGGCCAGGCUACGAGGGGCCAGAAGACUACGGGCCUGGGCCCGUGGAGGAGCGAGGCUACUACGCGCCAGUGGGCGAGCCUGUGGAGUAUGGCCCCGGACCUAUGGAGCCUAUGGAGCCUAUGGACUAUGGCCCAGAGCCCAUGCCGGCGUACCGAUCUCGGCCAGACUCUGAGUAUCCUGAAUACGAGGGCCCACCCCUGGAGGGUUUUCCUCCACCACCUGUUGGACCAGAUGGGGUGCCCAUUCCCUGGGGCCCUGGUCCAGUAGAAGUGGGGCCCGGCUGGGGGGGGCCACCUCCGCCCCCGGCGGCCCAGCCCAAAGCGAGGUCCUCCUGGGGCGGGCCGCCGCCGCCGGGAGAUCGGAUGCUGGAGCCUGGCCAACCCACGCCCAGGUGGGGCGGGCCGCCUGGCCCAGAGCACGAAGCCCCAGGUGGGCCAGGCUUGGGAGCGGGGCCAGUUGAAGCAGGUCCAGCUGAAGCAGGCCCAGCUGAAGCAGGCCCAGCUGAAGCAGGCCCAGACGAAGCAGGCGAUGGCCCGGACAUCGUCGUGACCGGCGAGGAGCAGGAGGCAGAAGACCCGGACGCGGAUGACAUGCCGGAGGCCAUCACAAUGGCAUCUACGCUUGCCUUGCUGAUGAAGCACUGCUACACCUGGCUGGGCAAUUCCACCGACUUGGAUGCGGAGAUGCCUCCUUUGUCCUUCCAUGUGGCUGGCACAGCUGGAGGAAAAGAGACGGUAGUCCUGAACCCCAACUCCUACGUCUUCUUGAGCACGGUGCCCAUCGUGCAUAAGGAGAUCGAGUACUUCUUGGGAUACCUUCCUAUGGAGAUUGUGACCGUGAAGAAUGAGCAUGUGUGCCUGCCGGCCUUUGGCCCAAUGGACUACAAGACUCAAAAGAACGGACCUGUCUGGAUCAUGGGAACUCCCCUCUUCUACUCCUACAAAGUCCAGUACGACCGUGAGCCAGAGCCGCCCACCAUGAGCUUCCAGAAGGGCGACUGCGGUGUCUGCGUGAACGGCACCGAGGUGAAGCAGGAAGCGCGGCUCCUGCAGACAGCCUCAGGCAUCCAUCGGCUGCGAAAACUGACCACGCCUCCAGUUGCGAAAAAGAUCGACCCCAAGCUUCCGCUCUGAGCGACUAGGGAGUAAAUCGUGCCUUUCGGGCACUCAAUGCGUCUCACGGAUCUGGAUAGACUUUUGCACAGAGGCGAGUUCGGCCUCACAUGCAAGUUGAGUGGGAUUGUUGGCAGCCCGUGGCGCGCUUUCCCCACUUAAGCUGCUUUGCAGCAGUCCGAUUGCUGGCCGCACACAGGUUGCAGAAUUCACAGCCGGCAACGAUUUUCUAUGCCCAAGAAGAGGAAGUAGAAGUUCGCCGCAGAUGCGAGAUUGUCAGGUGA